AUGAUGCGCUUAAAGCCCUCGUCUUCCAUGCAGAAGACGUACGACGAGUGCUAUUUGAUGUGCUCUACUGCCGUCUACUUUGAGGGACAGAACAACGAAUCUGAAGCCCUACGAUCAUGGCGCUCCGCCCUCGAAACUAUAUACUAUCACAACGCCUACCGCGUUCCGCCCAAUUACGUCCCCAAAACCGAGACGGAAAAGGCUCUUCAGGACUCCCUCCGACAACUCGAAUUACAAUGCAAGGAACGAGUGAACUUGUUAGAAGCGCUACAGGAAAGUAGAAAAGAGGCCGCCGCCAACGAUGAGAGUACUGAAGAGAAAGAUCCGGCGAAAUCAACAGGUCUGAGACCGCCGAAAUUGGAGAAGGGAAAGAAACCGUUGAUGAGUACAGGCAAUGCGAGCAGUAAAACUAGCGCCCCGCUCGGAUGGAUUGGGAAUGGAACUAUACCUGCGGUCGAUUAUAUGGAUAUAUCGAAACCGCCGCCUCUACCAGUGAGACCGUCGGCGGCUGCGGCGGCGGUGUCAUCGACGCCGACUACGUCUCAUGAAUUGAAAGACACGGCUCCUUCGUCUUCGUUGCCUCACAAACUUUCGCCGUCACCUAUUCCGCCUGCUGCGCCUUUGCCGAGUAUACCGCUUACGAAGGCAUCAUCUCGUGGCUCGAGUCCGGAACGAAGGAAAAUUAUGCUUACGACGCUGCGUCAGAAGAAAGAUCUCAAAAAGCCAAAGUACAAAUCGUCGUCUUCUAGCCCUAGUGGUACUGGGCCGGCGGCGUCAAAAGCCGCUGGUCUUGCCUGGGGGACGAUCAAGAAGAAGCCAGUACCUCUUGCGGCAGAGUCUAGUGAUUCCGACUUGCGUAAGGACACUGAGUCUAGGCAAAGACUGUCUAGUGAAGAUAUAUCCCGGAAGAUUGGACAGCAAAAGGCUGCUAGCAGUCCGUUCUCUUCAGAUUAUAUUCCGAGUUCGAACUGGCGUGAACCUGCGUAUGCGGAUCAAGCCCCUUCGCCGGGUUUGUCCUCAUCACAGAUUGAUUCUGCUGCGGCUGCCGCCUCAAAGUCACUUACAGCGGACGCAUUGUCUAAACCGCCGCCAGCGGCACCUAAACCAUCUAUCAAGUCACUACCUCCGACAAAAUAUCCCUCUUAUCGGAAAGAAUAUCCUUCACACUCGGCCCCUCUCCCCAGUGAGAGGAAUAUCAGAACUCCACCACUCAACCGAUCGACUUCAGCAACGCAGACGCCGACGGUAUCAUCAUCUACAGGUGAGGCUUCAGAGCAACCGUCACGAAGAAAACUCCCCAAAUCACAGUCCACACCGCGGGCAUUGAACUCUGGUGGAGCAAAUCGAGCAUCUGUCUCGUCAACCAGUGGAGACGAACCAGCUCGCCCACCACCACGAAAGUCAGAUGCAAGUUUGGACGGUGCUGCUGCUUCUGUUUCACGGAAGCCAAAGCCUCCUGCGCCAAGGCGUAAGCCGAGAAUUACGCCGCCAUCGAGCGAUCAGGACUCUCCUGGGGAGGAAAGAUCGUCUGAACGCGGAGACGAAGAUCCUAAAUUACGAGACAUUAUGAAGAAUCUGCCUAGGGGUAUUGAUGUCAACGCGGCUCGACAGAUUCUGAAUGAUGUAGUCGUUAGAGGCGACGAGGUGCAUUGGGAUGAUGUCGCGGGAUUGGAAACGGCCAAAAAGGCGCUCAAAGAGGCUGUGGUAUACCCAUUCUUACGGCCUGAUUUGUUCAUGGGGUUACGAGAACCUGCUCGAGGCAUGCUAUUGUUUGGGCCACCGGGUACAGGAAAGACGAUGCUUGCGAGGGCGGUAGCGACGGAGUCGAAAUCAACAUUCUUCUCCGUCUCUGCGUCGACAUUAACCUCGAAAUGGCAUGGAGAAAGCGAGAAACUUGUUCGUGCAUUAUUCGGACUCGCCAAAGCAUUAGCGCCUUCGAUCAUUUUCGUAGACGAGAUUGAUUCUUUGCUUUCGACAAGAUCAUCUGGAACGGAACAUGAAGCAUCUCGUCGAUCCAAAACAGAGUUUCUGAUACAAUGGUCCGAUCUCCAACGAGCGGCGGCAGGGCGAAAUCAAUCAACUGAUAAAGGUAACGACGGAGGCGGCGAUCCAAGUCGCGUGCUUGUUCUGGCAGCAACAAAUCUACCUUGGGACAUUGACGAAGCCGCUCGACGCCGGUUCGUGCGACGCCAAUACAUCCCUCUCCCUGAGGAUCAUGUCCGCGAACAACAGAUCCGCCGAUUACUCAGUCACCAGACCCAUGAAAUGUCGAAUGAGGAUAUAGAAGUUCUCGUCAAAGUCACCGAAGGCUUCUCAGGCUCCGAUAUAACCGCCCUCGCCAAAGACGCCGCCAUGGGACCCCUGCGCAAUUUAGGGGAGGCACUGCUUCACACACCCAUGGAUCAGAUUCGACCGAUUCGAUUUGAGGAUUUCGAGGCGAGUCUGUAUACCAUCCGACCCAGUGUGGGGAAAGAUGGGUUGAAGAAGUAUGAGGAUUGGGCGAAGGAGUAUGGGGAGAGAGGGGGAUAG